AUGAAUUCUACCAAGAACGCGACCUUUCUCAAUACCGAUGUCGUUGUUAUAGGGGCCGGGGUUAUCGGGCUGACGGCUGCACGCGGCCUGCUCUUAAAGGGGUUUAAAGUAACUGUUUUGGCUAAACAUGUUCCUGGUGAUGAAGAUAUCUAUUAUGCAUCAAACUGGGCCGGUGCGAUGUGGGCAGGCGAGGCCAAGACCUCCGAAGAAAGACGACUGCUGCUUGCAACAUAUGGUCAGCUGAUGCGUUUUGCUCGCACCGAGCCUGAUGCUGCGGUUCAUAUCGUCAGAAUUGAGGAGCGAUUUCAUGAGAAUCCCCUUUUGGGGGACCCAACACGGUUGUGGCUUUCGGAAUUUGUUGAAGAUUUUAGAAUUAUAGAGCCCAGAGAAAGGAGAAGUGACGAUGCGUUUAUCUGCUCGUACAGUCUUCCAGUCGUCGACUCUCCGGUUCAUCUUCAGUGGCUGAAGAGUCAGGUCACAAGCCUAGGUGGUGAGAUCAAAAGGCAAGACAUUGUAUCUCUCUCAGAGAUAUACGCUGCUUAUCCACAAAGCACUGUCAUUGUCAAUGCAUCUGGCCUUGGGGCAAGAACUCUUGAUGGUGUCAAUGAUCCCAAGUGUCAUCCCGUACGCGGCCAGACUAUCCUAGUUCGAUCAGAUCAAACCUCGACACUUUACUAUCACACCCAAGACGAGCAACAUACUUAUAUCAUCCCUCGACCGGGAUCAAAACUGCUAGUCUGUGGAGGUGUUUUCCAGCCUGGUCGCGAUUCGCCUCUCGUAGAUGAAGUCACUAGGAUGGAUGAGAUACGUCGCACAAAUUUGCUGGCACCACACGUGGUUUCGAAGAACCCUGAAAUUGUCGCCAACAUAGUUGGCAUCCGCCCCGGUCGCGAAGGUGGCUACCGCUUGGAGCAUGAAAUUAGACAGGGCUCAAAGAGCAAGAUUCAUAUAUUGCAUGCUUAUGGACAUGGCCACAACGGAUAUUCAAUUUCGUAUGGCACAGCAGAUGCUCUUGUCGCCAUGGUCAGUGACUUACACUGGGAAUCUGCCGUCAAACCCCGGCAAAUCUCGCUUUAG